AUGCGCCCUUGCUAUUAUUGUCUUGCCUGACCAUAAGACUAUCCUGAAGUAAUGAUAACAGUAUAAACAGGAGAGUAAAAAUUGUAAAAGAAAGUUCGGACUAAUUGAUUCAUUGCGUCUUUUUGCGAAGCCGAAUUCGAGGAGGUUAUGUGCUGUAAUAAGAGUGCAGGGCGCAUGCAUUCGCUCCGUGAUCUGAUCAGAAAGAAAAUAUCCAAUAAAAUGCGCCAAGUAACCUCUAUGGAUAGGGCGAGGGUAACGUAUUAUCUAUGCCCCUGUACAAACUUGUUCAUCGUCCCUCAAAUCCCUCGAGACCAGUUCUACAAGAGUACCUACAAGAAUAAUUCUAUAAAUAUAUAUGCAGUGAAAUCCAAAAAGAAAAACCGUAAGAAUCAUAACUUCCCCGCCCUUGCCUGCACCCAAACCCCAUACGCCUCCGCACAAACAAUCUUCCUCUUAACCCAUUCAAGCUGGCCCUUCCCCCUCCCCUUAGCCUCCCCUUCCUCCUGCACAAGCUGUCCGCGCAUGAAAACCUUCCGCCCCUCCCUCGCCACACACCACGCCUUCACAACAGCCAUGCCGGGAACCCGCACGGGUUUCCGGUACCUAAUAUCCAGCUGCGCCGUGUAUAGCCGCGCGCGCUCCACGCCCUCGUUCUCGUGGUAGCCCGGGAUAUGUAGCGAGACGGCUAGGGACAUGAUUUCGUCAAGUAAGGUGGCGACGACGCCGCCGUGUGCUGUGCUUGGGUGGCCGCUUAUGCCCGGCGAGCCGAGCGCGAAGAGCGCGAAGAGGUCGACUUUGCUUGAAUGGAUUGGGGUUGUCUUGGGUGCGUUGGGGCCUGUGGCCGGGGGGGGGAAAGUCGUAUAUGGCGGUUUUGUCGGGGGUGUGUCUGGGUGCUUCUUGCGCAGGGUCAGGCAGUAGGGGAUUGUGGUUGGCGAGCCGAUUGUGUGGGCAAAGAAGGCGUCUUCGCCGGUUGAAAGGUCGGAGGAUCUGGAGUAUGUUUCUACGGCGGUGUGGGUGGAGAGGUUAAGGAAGCUGGAGGUCCAGGGGUCCGAUUGGAAGUGGUUGAGGGUUUCCGCGGGGACCUCGUAGGCCGGAUGGUCCAUGGGUGUAGGUGAGGAAGACAUGGCUGCGGUUUUUAUUUUCAAUUUUUCAAUUUAUCUAUUUCUUUAUCCCUUUUCCUGGUAGAAGGAUGAUUCCUCUGAAUGAGGCGCGGAUUCCCUAGCGGAGCUGCCGAGAGCUGUUGAUCAAUUGGCAGAUUGGGAACGCUUCUGGAGAUAGACGUAUGAAGGAAACGAAUAUCAACCGCAUCAUAGCCAGGAAUGCUUUUCAUCUACUUCCUGUUAUUGUUUUCUUGUAUCUUCUCCUUUUUCUAUUCCGCCAAGCCAGAUACCGUUAUCAGAGUUGUCAGAGCCCAGUUGGACCUCGGCUCGGGAGUUAGGGCUUUGCCUUUGCUUCUCUGCGGGGAAAACUGAUCGCCAGCUUCCAUGUCGGACACACAAUAUGGAGUACUAUGGCAAGAAGACAUUGCUGACCGCUUCCGCAAGUAUCCCGCGUGUUUCGUUGUUGGAAUAGAGUUUAUGCAGAGCUGCAGAAUGCACAGAGCGCAAAAUUGAGAGAAGAUCGCUGGAUCGAAGCUGAUAGCAGUGAUAGGCGGGACGGACCGGACGCUAAAGAAUAACUCUAUCGGACCCGCCAUAAAAGUUAGCUGGCCUUCAUUUGCCUGAAGGGACCCAUUGAAGAGGCAAAGGAGUGAAAAAAAAAAAAAAAAAAAGCCUGCUGUAUGUGCGAACAUCGAGGGGGAGGAAACGCCUCUUUUCCCCUGUUUCAUUAACAGCGGAUAUGAAGGCAUGGCGGAUGCUGGCAUGAUACAAACCGUGGAGGUUUCAUGAUUGCUGAUAACACCUCCGUUCUCAUAUGCCAACGAUGAGGUGAGCAAGCCACGAGCAGCCCAAUUGGCUGAAAAGGUGAGUCCUUCCCAGCAUGGGGAAACCAUGGCUUAACUAACCGGGAUACGCUAGCUAGCCAUGCUAAUGACAUAUGACAAGUUGGCGCGCUCAAUUUCCUCAAGGGACAACGAGACAGGGAGGGAGAGGGAGGAAUACUACUGAUGAGUGCAAUUGGUUGGUUUUCGUUGAAUUGAAGAAAGAAAGAAACCCUGUGGGUAAUGUGUUAGAUGACCGGUGGGGACAGUACAGAGUAUUCAGCCAAAAAAAAAAUGAGCAUUUCCAACAGGAUUACUUCGUCGUCCCUGUUUUUUGUUGUUAGUUGUUAGCGUCCCUUUGAGGCAAGAUGAAAAGAGGAGAAAAAAAGCUUGGAAUGCCCCGGCGGUGUAACUGUGCCAACCAGAAUAAUAUCCUUCGUGAUCCAUAUUAUUGGCAGAUACACCCCGCCCCAUACAAAAUUGUAUGGUAGCACAAGUCACUGUCCAACCGGGAACAGCAUCGCUAGUUUGCAAAUAUCCCCAUUGGGUAGGAAGGAGCCCGCCUGCAGUGGAAAUUGUUGGCUGUUAUUUAUGCGCCGUUCCUUCCGCACCUUCAUUUUUGCCUGUUUGGGCUUUUGCGCACUUUCCAAGGCUCUUCCUCAGGCAAUUGCGCUGAUUCUUCCUCCGAUUCUUUUAUCUCCAACGGUCACUGUGUAUCCAUUCCGCGCAGCAUUCAAUUACAUAGUGGUACAGUACAGUACAUUCACUGCACAUAUUAUUCUCUGAGAUAUUGGAUGGCAACGAGCACCACAGCAACUACCACCACCACCACAACAACAAGGGCAACAAUAACAACGAACGCAGAGUUCUGAAGAUAGUUCGCGCUCUCAACCUCAACCAAGCAAAACCCAGCCAGUUAGUCGCAUUGGCAAAAAAAUAUUCCUUAGCUGUAUACUGCUCUAGUCGACCGACUUCAAUCGCGACUCUGCCGAAACCCAUCUUCAAAUUCUGUUGCGCUUCGUUCCUAUCUGUAGUUAGCUGAGGCCGCUCACACACUGUGACAAUGUUGCUCUCCACUGUUGUCUUCUCGCUCUCCCUGCUGGUGACGGGCAUCCGCGCCCAAAGCUUCAACCCUGAUUCUGUUUCCAAAGAACAGAAACUUGCUUGGUGUGAUGCCCAAACAGCUGCUUGCCCUUCUGUUUGCAAGAGCUUUGCCUCAGUCAACAGGUGCAGCGUGAGUGAUUUGACCUAUACCUGCACCUGCGGCGAUGGAUCAACUCCAGACCUUACCAAGUACAAAAACACGAUCCCGUUCUUCCUCUGCACGGAGACCUAUGCGCAAUGCAUCGAAAACCACCCCGAUGACUUGAGUGGCCAAAGAGCCUGCAAGGAGGAGCAAACGAAAUGCAUGGGAACCCUGGACCCUUUUAAGUCUCCGAAUAAAGACCCUGUGCCAACCGCGAGUCGGAAAAAGGUGGACGCUUCUAAAUCCACCGCAACUCCCACCACCACCACACCCACUAAGACGAACGAGCCGGCAGUCACCAGCAACCCAGCAUCAACGCUUCGCGUGGCAGGUGAUUCCUCUGUGGGCAUGCUGAUUGCUGUGUUCAUCGCAGCAUCCAGCUUGUUCGCAUAGACACCCCGUCUGACCGUAACUGCCGGCGAUGUCAUGUUUUGAGUGACUGUCAGAUUGACAGUGUCAUUCGAGUUUUAAAUGUCGAUCAUGCCCUUUCAUUAUUUGCCGGUGAUGAUAUGAGCGACAAGAACGAAAUGAAAGAAAGAACGAGAGAAAGAAGAAGAUGGGUCUCGGCACGAACGCGUGUAGUCCGUAGGAAGUUUUUGUUUUGUUCUCUUUGCUUCUCAAGUCUGUAGUCCUUAAUCCCCCACCAAAACACUGUGAGCACUCCUUUUUCCCUGUGUGAUAUUUUUUUGUAGUCAUGUUUAUGACCAGAUGUAACAUACCAACCGCUGUAGCAAUGGUAGCGAUAAAGUUAAGCACUUCCACGGUAUAAUUCUUUUUACUCGC